CCCUGAAGCGGCGGGGCCACGCGAGGUCAGGAGCUUUGGAAGGGGAUAAAGAGGACGCAGAGCUCCUAAAUGUUAUUCCGAAGAAACUAGGUUUUGGUUAAAGUAAUAUUACUUCCGGGUGCAAACAUCUAGCUUAUAAACCUGGACACAGAGCUUAAAGAAAAAUUUGUGGCCACGCUCAAAAUGGCGGAAAACUUGGAUCCGCGGACGCAGCCGACGCACACGGAAGCGGAAUUACGUUUGCUGCUUACACGUGCUGCUGCUGGGAUUGAGUGGCACUCCCCAGUUCCACUAUGGGCAAGAAGGGCAAAGUAGGGAAGAGCCGGCGGGACAAGUUCUAUCACUUGGCGAAAGAGACCGGUUACCGUUCCCGCUCUGCUUUCAAGUUGAUCCAGCUGAAUCGCCGGUUUCAAUUUCUGCAGAAAGCCCGAGCCUUGCUAGACCUGUGCGCUGCACCAGGUGGAUGGCUGCAGGUGGCUGCCAAGUUUAUGCCUGUCUCCAGCCUUAUUGUGGGUGUGGACUUGGUUCCAAUCAAGCCUCUUCCCAAUGUGGUGACUCUCCAGGAGGAUAUCACAACAGAACGUUGUAGGCAGGCCUUGAGAAAGGAGCUGAAGACCUGGAAAGUUGAUGUUGUGCUUAAUGAUGGGGCCCCCAACGUUGGGGCCAGCUGGGUCCAUGAUGCUUAUUCACAAGCCCAUUUGACCCUGAUGGCUCUGCGUUUGGCUUGCGAUUUUCUGGGCCGCGGUGGCUGCUUCAUCACGAAGGUUUUCCGUUCUCGUGAUUAUCAGCCCUUACUGUGGAUCUUCCAGCAGCUCUUCCGCCGUGUCCAGGCCACUAAGCCCCAAGCUUCUCGUCAUGAAUCUGCAGAGAUUUUUGUGGUCUGCCAGGGAUUCCUGGCGCCUGACAAGGUUGACAGUAAAUUCUUUGACCCCAAGUUUGCCUUCAAGGAGGUUGAAAUUCAGGCCAAGACUGUUACCGAGUUGGUGACUAAGAAGAAGCCAAAGGCUGAAGGCUAUGCUGAGGGUGACCUCACUCUCUAUCACCGAACCUCAGUCACUGACUUCCUCCGAGCUGCCAACCCUGUCGACUUUCUCUCCAAAGCCAGCGAAAUUGCAAUAGAUGAUGAAGAGUUGGCACGGCAUCCAGCCACCACCGAGGAUGUACGGGCGUGCUGUCAGGAUAUCAGAGUGCUGGGCCGCAAGGAGCUUAGAUCUCUACUGAACUGGAGGACAAAGCUUCGGCGACAUGUGGCCAAGAAGCUGAAAGAACAAGCAAAGGCAAUGGACAUCAGCCUCAGCUCAGGGGAGGAAGAGGAAGGGGAGGAGGAGGAGCAGGCGGCCCGGGCCUCGCAGCAGCCCUCUAAGGAGGAGGAGGAGGAGGAGCAGCUCAACCGAACCCUGGCAGAGAUGAAGGCCCAGGAGGUGGCGGAGUUAAAGAGGAAGAAAAAGAAGCUGCUGCGCGAGCAGAGGAAGCAGCGGGAGCGUGUGGAGCUGAAGAUGGAUCUUCCUGGAGUUUCCAUCGCCGACGAGGGGGAGACUGGCAUGUUCUCCCUGCGCACCAUCCGGGGUCACCAGUUGUUAGAGGAGGUGACACAAGGGGACAUGAGUGCUGCAGACACGUUUCUGUCUGACCUGCCAAGUGAUGACAUCUACAUAUCAGACGCUGAGGAGGACGACGACGACAGUGCAUCUCUGGAUAGUGACCUGGAUCCAGAGGACCUAGCAGGAGUCAGAGAACCUCAAGGUCUAAAGGACCAAAAGCGUGUACGACUUGCUGAAGCAGAUGAUGAGAAAGAGGAGGAGGGAGAGAACCCGCUGCUGGUGCCGCUCGAGGAAAAGGCGGUACUGCAGGAAGAACAAGCCAGCCUGUGGUUCUCAAAGGAUGGCUUCAGCGGGAUCGAGGAUGAUGCCGACGAGGCCCUGGAGAUCAGCCAGGCACAGCUGUUGUACGAGAGCCGUCGCAAGGGGCAGCAGCCGCUGCCAGCACCUUCCAGCGUGAAGACUGAGAGAAAACCACCCCCAUGCCAGGGUGAGGCCCCGGAAGGGGCAGGGGCUCCUUCAGGGCCAGAGGCUGCCACAGGCCCUGGCGGGGAAGCCAGAGAUAGCAGCUCUGACAGCGACAGCAGCAGCAGUGAGGAUGAAGACACUUGGAAACCACGCAGUCAGAAGCGAAGACGAGGGCCUGAGGCAGGGGAUGACGACGGGUUUGAGAUCGUGCCCAUUGAGGACCCAGCGAGACAUCGGAUACUGGACCCUGAAGGCCUGGCUCUAGGCGCCAUUAUUGCCUCUUCCAAAAAAGCCAAGAGAGACCUCAUAGAUGACUCCUUCAGCCGGUACACAUUUAAUGAGGAUGAGGGGGAGCUUCCAGAGUGGUUUGUGCAGGAGGAGAAGCAGCACAGGAUACGACAGCUGCCUCUUGAUAAGAAGGAGGUGGAGCAUUACAGGAAACGCUGGCGGGAAAUCAACGCCCGUCCCAUCAAGAAAGUGGCUGAGGCUAAGGCCAGAAAGAAACGGAGGAUGCUGAAGAAGCUGGAGCAGACCAAGAAGAAGGCAGAAGCUGUGGUCAACACGGUGGACAUCUCAGAGCGGGAGAAAGUGGCACAGCUUCGAAGUCUCUACAAGAAGGCGGGGCUUGGAAAGGAGAAACGCCAGGUCACCUAUGUCGUAGCCAAAAAAGGUGUGGGCCGCAAAGUACGCCGACCAGCUGGAGUCAGAGGUCACUUCAAGGUGGUGGACUCGAGGAUGAAGAAGGACCAAAGAGCACAGCAACGGAAGGAGCAGAAGAAAAAGCACAAGCGCAAGUGAGCAGAGCUGCAGGACUUCUGGCAGGACUGUGUAAGGACGAGGCCUUCCGCCGCCUCAGUACCAUCCCGUCCCUUGUUGCCAGCAUCACAGUGUGAAAAGACAGGUGCCGGGCACUUGGGGGUGGUCCUGUGCUGUGAGGGGGACGUCUUCCUGGCUGGAAGAAGGGCUCCUGUUAACAUGCCACUGAAAUGUCCUGUUGGCACCAUCCCAGACCCCACAACCGUUGUGGGGUAAGAAAAUCACACCCUUUUUAAAUCCUAAGCGGGGGAAGUUCAGUGUUGGGAUGGCACGUGCUGUAGUCUGCUCCUGGGCAGGUGGGCCUCAUCUGAAUAAAAUCAGGAUGAUCA